CAGGAAUUAAAAAUGAACAAUUACGCCAACUUUGCUUUAGCAAUUACUUUUAUUAUUCUUACAUGCCACCACCAUGAGUCUUGUACACAACAACCAGGCGACGAAACACGACUGGGCACAAUUCUUUGCGCCUGGCCUCCCCAUUGGACGCCACCUUCCGAACGAACCAUACUACUACGAGCGCACCAACGGCAUAACCACAUGGAUCCGGCCCUUCGAUUACAUCGAACCCCCAAAUCCAAAGCAAUUAGCGGAAGACUUGCGCAAAGAGCACGAACAACAGAAAGCACAAGAGGCGCGCAAAAAGGCGCUUCAAGACCGGCCACAGAAAACAACCAAGGCGCAGGCCGGGUGGCUGGUAGUGGACACGGUGCAGGGGAGGCAGUAUUAUUUUAACGAGAAGAGUGGUGUUGCACAGUGGGAGCGGCCAGAUGAGCUGGUUGAGCUGGCUGAUGUGGAGGAGAAUGAGGAAGGUGUGGAGAUGGAUGAGGAGGACGCUGAGUGGAUGUUGGAGCAGAUGAUGGCUGAGGCCCAAGGUGACCAGCAAGACGGCGCAGAGAUAGAGACAGAAGAGACAGGAAAGGAGGUGGGGGCAGAGGCAGAGGCAGAGGCAUUGACGAAGGAUCAGCGCGUGGGUCAGUUCCGUGAAAUGCUCCUCGCAGCCAGCAGUCUCAAUCCAUUCGGGACAUGGGAGUCGCAAAAGGAUCGGUUCCUCGGCGACAGGCGCCUCCAGUACUUGGGCGCGGCCGAGCAACACGACAUGUUUGACCGGAUCUGCAGCGAGAUAAUAGCACAGAGAAAAAAGACACUGCCAAAGAAGGAUGAAGUUAAGCGGCCGUUGCCGAGCAGCGAUCCGUUUGGCCAGCUGCUUGAGGAGAAUAUCAGUAAGCGCGGGUCAUUUGCAAAGUUCUGCCAGAAACACUUGCGUGAUCCGCGGUACUUGUCCAUAAAGACAUCAAGAGAGCGCGAGAAGCGGUUCAACCAGCACCUGGACGCGCUGCCCGAGAAGAAGAAGCACAAGCAUGUGUAGUUUGUUGAAAAAUAAAUACC